AUGACUAGAACGAUCAGCAUACGACGAAAUACAUGCUUCAAACGACCUCGAAUUUGUCUUGUUAUUUAUUAUAUAUGUGCAAUUUUAGUCAUAGCUUAUGGUUUAAUUCUAUUCAAUCGUUAUAUAUUUCAACCUUCUCCAAAUGUUUAUUUUCCAUUUCAAAUUUAUCCAGCAUACAACACAGUUAUUCAAGCAAACGGUAUUUUUCUUCAAAAUCCAGGCUAUAAAAUUCUUCAAAUGGUUAAACAUCGUUUAUCAGACAAAUUUACUGAAUUUCAUGAUUUUCUACAAUAUCAAGAUGAAUUAAAACAAUAUUUUACCUUAGUUCCACGAACUUCUUAUCAUAUUACAUUGGCUGAUUUUAGAAAUAAUACAAAUCUCACAAAAGAAUCUAUUAACGAAUUACAAGAGGAACAAAAACGAAUGGAUAAAUAUAAUACAACUGUAAACUGUGAUGGUAAAGAUAUAUUUAUUAUUCAUACAAGUGAGAUCCGUAUGACAAUUGAGCUCGACAAUGCUUAUGUUGCUAGAAUCAAACGGUAUCAUCGACGAUGGAGUAAAAAAUUUCCUGAAAUAAUAUCCAAUCUCUAUACACCAUUCUAUAUCACAAUUGGAUAUCAAUAUAAAAAUCUACCAAAUGUAACAGUUCUUAAAGAAUUCAGCAGACUUUUAAGAGAUUGGGAAGGAAUACCAUUUGAUAUUGAACUUGAUUCUAUUACAAUAUGUUCAUAUCAAGAUGCUAUUACCUAUGAACCUAUUCUUCAUCGUAAACACUGA